CACCCGCACCCGCACCACCCGCACCCGCACCACCCGCACCCCGCACCCCACUCAAUCUACCCAAUCCACAACAACUGCAGCAAUGGUCCAAUACUUCACCGUCGCCGGCCGCCAAGUCGGCUCGCACGUCCUGGCGAUGGCGACGCUCGGCGUUACGGGCGUGGGCGCAUACCUGGGCCUCCGCGGCGGCGAUAGCGGCGCCGAGAAGAAUACCCCGCCCAUUAAAGCCGAUAGUGGCGAGGAGGAGAAGUUUAUCCGCGAGUUCCUGGCCAAUGUCGAGAAGGAGGAGCAGAAGGCGAAGCAUUAGAGGGCUGGACUGGAUGAACUGGAUGAACUGGAGGAACUUCGCCGAGGCGAGUCUGUAGAUUACACAAAAGGCAAUUGCAGUGGCGGCUAGACCUAGACGGAUAGACACGUACGUACGUACGAGACGAUUUGGGCGGGCGUGCUGUGGUGCUGUGAGACGGCGAGAAGUGGGAGUGAUUGAGUGAUGGAUAUACCGAAGCCGAGUUGGAGAAAUGUGGUUACGCCGUUCCGGCGAGG